AUGUCUGCUCCCAACGACGGCUACGGCCAGUACCCUUCGCAGCAGUUUGGCGAGAAGCCCGUCUACCCGGACCAAGCCUCACAGGCCUUCGAGAACUCAUCUUCUCCUCCACCCCAGGCCGGCGCGCAGCCUGCUCUUGACCACGGCAGAAAAAAGAAGAGAGCAUAUGCGGCGGGUGCUUUUGAUGUCGCAGCGGGAGGGAAUGCUGCAGUAGUAGGGCAACUACCAGGAGGGGGCCAGUUUGGAGCUCCCCAAGCCGCCGCACCAGCUUACGGAGGAUACCCGCAGCAGGACGCGCAGCCUGCUCCUUAUAGUGCCCCCCAACAGCAGUACGGUUCGGGACAACCGGCUGUUACUGGCGUGGGAGCCUACCAGGCCCCUGAGCCUUACUAUCCCUCAGCCGGAGCGCCGCCCGCUGCCGGCGCUGCUCCGGCGGGAGGUGUUGGCGGCAUUACUUCAGGGCUCUCGUCCAUGCAGCUAGGACCCGGACAACAGCAGCCGCAACAACUGCCUCAGACAAGACCCGGCCCACUGAAUCAGCUGUAUCCAACCGAUCUCCUCAAUCAACCCUUCAAUGUAUCAGAGUUGGACCUCCCCCCUCCUCCCAUCAUCUUGCCCCCGAAUACCAGCGUCACACCAUCUCCUGAUGCAAACUGCGCUCCGAAAUAUGUCAGAUCUACAUUAAAUGCCGUACCUACGACGCACUCACUCCUCAAGAAGAGUAAACUGCCUUUUGCGCUCGUUAUUCAGCCGUAUGCAGCUCUUCACGAUCUCGACGACCCCGUCCCGAUCGUCCAGGACCAGGUCAUCUCGCGGUGUCGGAGAUGCAGAUCCUACAUUAACCCAUUCGUGACAUUCCUGGACCAUGGCCAUCGCUGGCGCUGCAACAUGUGCAACCUCACCAAUGACGUACCCCAGGCGUUUGACUGGGAUGCUGCAGCCCAGAAGAGCGUGGAUCGUUGGCAACGGCAUGAGCUAAACCACGCAGUUGUCGAGUUCGUUGCUCCCCAAGAGUACAUGGUCAGACCUCCACAGCCACUUGUCUAUCUCUUCCUAUUUGAUGUCAGCUACGCCGCUGUUUCCACCGGUCUCCUUGCCACAAGUGCCCGGACCAUUUUGGACAGUCUUAACCGAAUACCCAAUGCCGACCGCCGGACCCGCCUCGGCUUCAUUGCUGUGGAUUCGAGUCUGCACUAUUUCGCGGUGCCCAAGGACAACGAGGAGAAUGGCGAGACCAGCAUGUUAGUGAUCAGCGACCUGGACGAACCUUUCCUCCCUGUUCCCCAGGAGCUACUUGUUCCCCUCACUGAGUGCCGGGCGAGCAUCGAGAAUUUUCUCACGAAACUCCCCGAAAUGUUUGUCAACAAUCAGAACAACGGCUCUUGCAUGGGAUCAGCCCUUAGGGCUGGACAUAAGCUCAUCUCCCCCCUCGGCGGAAAGAUUGUGGUUUUGAGUGCAUCUCUGCCAAACGUGGGCUACGGAAAACUGGAGAUGAGGGAAGACAAGAAGCUUCUUGGCACAUCCAAAGAGAGCGCCCUGCUUCAGACUGCUAGCAGCUUUUACAAGAGCUUUGCGGUUGAGUGUUCCAAGAACCAGGUCUCGAUCGACAUGUUUCUCUUUUCGUCUCAAUAUCAAGAUGUCGCGUCCCUGAGCAACCUACCAAGAUAUACUGGUGGCCAGACGUGGUUUUACCCUGGCUGGAAUGCAGGUCGAGCAGAGGAUGCCAUCAAGUUCGCCACCGAGUUCAGCGACUACUUGUCGUCGGAAAUCGGUCUUGAGGCUGUCCUCCGUGUUCGAGCCACGACCGGUCUGCGCAUGAGCACAUUCUACGGCAACUUCUUCAAUAGGAGCUCGGACUUGUGCGCUUUCCCAGCCUUCCCGCGCGACCAGUGCUACGUUGUCGAGGUCGCCAUAGACGAGAACUUGACCAAAAACAUUGUCUGUAUGCAGGCAGCUGUGCUGCAUACUACUUGCAACGGUGAACGGCGGAUCCGUGUAAUGACGCUAGCUUUACCAACGACGACCAACCUCGCCGACGUCUAUGCCUCAGCGGAUCAGUGUGCCAUUACGACGUACUUUAGCCACAAGGCCGUGGAGAGGGCCUUGAGUAAUGGACUGGAGUCGGCUAGAGAAGGACUUCAGAGUAAAAUCACGGAGCUUCUCCAGACCUUCAAAAAGGAGCUGGCGGGCGGUAGCAUGGGCGGAGGAUUACAGUUCCCAUCUAACCUUCGCGCUCUUCCCGCUCUGUUCCUCGGCCUGAUAAAGAAUGUUGGUUUGCGAAAGUCGGCACAGAUACCAUCCGAUCUCAGGUCUGCAGCUCUCUGUCAGCUUUCGACCCUCCCUCUACCCCUAUUGAUGCAGUACAUCUAUCCUCGAUUGUUUUCUCUCCACGACAUGCCCGACAAUGCCGGUAUUCCGGAUCCCGAGACAAGCCAAAUUGUACUUCCACCCUCACUCAAUCUUUCGUCCGAGAGAUUUGUGUCUUACGGUCUGUACCUCAUUGAUGACGGCCAGACACAAUUCUUAUGGGUUGGUCGCGAUGCUAUACAUCAGCUGCUAGUUGACGUGUUUGGCGUGAGAGACCGAACACAACUACACGUUGGAAAGGGCACUGUACCAGAGCUCGACAAUGACUUCAAUGAGCGCGUUCGAGCAGUCAUUCAAAAGAGUCGUGACUACAAGUCUCGAGGGGUGGGAAGUAUCAUUCUUCCGCACUUGUACAUUGUCCGCGAAGAUGGCGAGCCAAGCCUUAAGCUAUGGGCUCAGACUCUGCUGGUGGAGGAUCGGGCGGAUCAAGGCAUGAGCUUCCAGCAAUGGAUGGGCGCUCUCAGAGAAAAGGUGAGCGGUUGA